AUGGAGAAGUUCUAUGAAUCACAACAAAGUCAAUUAUUAGAACAAAGAGCAUUAGAGUCACAAAUCACACCUCCUCCAUCAAUGAAUAAACAACAUAGUCUUUCACCGCAACUGGAGCCAUGUAAAGGAAAAGAUCAACCUUCUUCUUCACAAACUCUCAGUACAUCCUCCACAAGUUUAAAGGAAGUGCAAAAAUCUCCAAUUCAAUUUGAGAUGCCCAAGGAUGCUCCAAAGAGUGUAAAAGCUGUAUUACUAGCUGUUAGACUUUAUGAACCUUCACACACAUUUCAGAUUGCCAUGGACCCAGAAAUUUUGGAUAGUGAUCAAUACUUAUUUAUUUCACCUGAAGAUGUGAUUCACCUAGGCACCAUGACAGAGAUUGGAGCUCCUUGUAUAACAUUUUGGAUCAGGAUCUUACAUCGAAAGUUGGAAAAAGCAAAUCGAGCACAAUAUUUUCGUUUCUUUCAUCCAACUUUGGCUUUGGAUUCGUGUCAAACACAAAAUGUAAUAUCAAUGGCAAAUCACUUGGAAGACACAGAAACAGGACAAUUUUGGUUGCUUCCUAUUCAUAUUGGGACUUUUGAUUACUACAAUACCUCCACAAAUAGGCAACCAAAAGAGUCUGGUAUUACAUGGAAAUCUAUAAAGUGUCCUCAACAACCAUCGAAUAUUGAGUGUGGAUAUUAUGUAAUGAGAUAUAUGCGUGGCUUUUGCAUGAAUUCUAGACCUAUCAAUUGGUUAAUUACUCAUUGCAAAGAGAAGAUGAAAGAUUACACAAAACAAAAUAUUGAUCAAAUCCGAGUGGAGUGGGCUGACGAAUUCAUAGAAUUGGUUGACUAA